CUCAUUUACUGUCUAAAGCUGAGGAGAUGGGAUGUCCCAGAUGAUAGGGCUCCUGGGAUUUCAGAUCCAAGACCAGCAGGACUCCAGUCACCUCUACCCCAGCUCUCCAGGACACAGCGCUUCCAACUCUGAGCGACGUCCCACCUCUGGUCCUUGCUUCACAACCAACGUGGGAAUCACACCCUCCAGACCUCCCACAGCUCUGCCCCAGCCUGGGCCCUGGCCCUGCCUCCAUUUCAGCUGUGACAACCUCAGAGCCGUGUUGGCCCAAGCAUGACAAGGACGUAUGAAAACUUCCAGUACUUGGAGAAUGAGGAGAAAGUCCAGGGGUUUAAAAAUGGGCCACCUCCUCCCCAGUCCCUCCUGCAGCGUCUCCACUCUGGGCCCUGCCUUCUCCUGCUGUCCCUGGGCCUCGGCCUCCUGCUGCUGGUCAUCAUCUGUGUGGUUGGAUUCCAAAAUUCCAAAUUUCAGAGGGACCUGGUGACCCUGAGAACAGAUUUUAGCAACUUCACCUCAAACACUGUGGCUGAGAUUCAGGCACUGACUUUCCAGGGCAGCAGCUUGGAAGAAACGAUAGCAUCUCUGAAAGCUGAGGUGGAGCGUCUCAAGCAGGAACGGCAGGCGGGGGUAUCUGAGCUCCAGGAACACACUAAGCAGAAGGCACACCUAGGACACUGUCCCCACUGCCCAUCCGUGUGUGUCCCAGUUCAUUCUGAAAUGCUCCUGCGAGUCCAGCGGCUGGUGCAAGACCUGAAUAAACUGACCUGCCAGGUGGCUACUCUCAACAACAAUGCCUCCACUGAAGGGACCUGCUGCCCCGUCAAUUGGGUAGAGCACCGAGACAGCUGCUACUGGUUCUCUCGCUCUGGGAUGCCCUGGGCCGAGGCUGAGAAGUACUGCCAGCUGAAGGACGCCCACCUGGUGGUCAUCAACUCCAGGGAGGAGCAGAAUUUUGUCCAGGAACAUCUAGGCUCCGCAUACACCUGGAUGGGCCUCAGUGACUCUGAAGGAGCCUGGAAGUGGGUGGAUGGAACAGACUAUGCGACCGGCUUCCAGAACUGGAAGCCAGGCCAGCCAGACGACUGGCAGGGGCACGGGCUGGGUGGAGGCGAGGACUGUGCUCACUUCCACCCAGACGGCAGGUGGAAUGACGACGUCUGCCAGAAGCCCUACCACUGGGUCUGCGAGGCUGGCCUGGGUCAGACCAGCCAGGAGAGUCACUGAGCUGCCUUUGGUGGGACCACCCGGCCACAGAAACGGCGGUGGGGAGGAGGACUCUUCCCAGGACCUCCUCGCAAGACCGCUCUGGGAGAGAAAUAAGUGCUGGGAGAUUGGAAGCACUGCUAACAUUUUGAACUUUUUUCUCCUUAAUUUUAAAAAGAUGGUAUAGUGUUCUUAAGCUUUUAUUGUUUUCCAACUUUCGAAAGUCAGCUUCAUGAAGGUAUAAUUUUUACAUAAUAAAAAUGCACUCAUUUAAAGAGUAGAGAUGACUUUGACAAAUAUGCAUGCCUAGGUGACUACCACUCUGAUCGCAAUCGAUAACAUUGCCAUUGCCCCCACCAGUCCCCUCAUGCCUCUGGGCAGUCCAACCACUUCCCUGUUUCCAGGCCAGUGAUCUACUUUUUUUCACUAUUUAUUGGCCUUGCCUCUUCUAGAGCUUCUAGAACUUCAUAUAAGUGAAAUCAUACACUCUCGUGUAUAUACUUCGUGUAAGUGAAUAUAUACCCUCAUGAGAACUUA